AGUCCUGCUCCUACACCAAGUGGCCAAGAGAGUCCCUCCCAAGGAGGUUCGCCAGACAUCCAUUUCCAUCACCACCACCGCCGUCACCACCACCGCCAUGGUCACAUCCCACUAAGCCAGUCCAGCUUAAAUGACAUCGAAUCUUCAAAAAUUCAAGAUAGCCCUGCUCCUACAUCAAGUGGCCAAGAGAGUCCCUCCCAAGGAGGUUCGCCAGACAUCCAUUUCCAUCACCACCACCGCCGCCACCACCACCGCCAUGGUCACAUCCCACUAAGCCAGUCAAGCUUAAAUGACAUCGAAUCUUCAAAAAUCCAAGACAGCCCUGCUCCUACACCAAGUGGCCAAGAGAGUCCCUCCCAAGGAGGUUCGCCAGACAUCCAUUUCCAUCACCACCACCGCCGUCACCACCACCGCCAUGGUCACAUCCCACUAAGCCAGUCCAGCUUAAAUGACAUCGAAUCUUCAAAAAUUCAAGAUAGCCCUGCUCCUACACCAAGUGGCCAAGAGAGCCCCUCCCAAGGAGGUUCGCCAGACAUCCAUUUCCAUCACCACCACCGCCGUCACCACCACCGCCAUGGUCACAUCCCACUAAGCCAGUCCAGCUUAAAUGACAUCGAAUCUUCAAAAAUUCAAGAUAGCCCUGCUCCUACACCAAGUGGCCAAGAGAGCCCCUCCCAAGGAGGUUCGCCAGACAUCCAUAUCCAUUUCCAUCACCACCACCGCCAUCACCACCACCGCCAUGGUCACAUCCCACUAAGCCAGUCCAGCUUAAAUGACAUCGAAUCUUCAAAAAUUCAAGAUAGCCCUGCUCCUACACCAAGUGGCCAAGAGAGCCCCUCCCAAGGAGGUUCGCCAGACAUCCAUUUCCAUCACCACCACCGCCGCCACCACCACCGCCAUGGUCACAUCCCACUAAGCCAGUCAAGCUUAAAUGACAUCGAAUCUUCAAAAAUCCAAGAUAGCCCUGCUCCUACACCAAGUGGCCAAGAGAGUCCCUCCCAAGGAGGUUCGCCAGACAUCCAUUUCCAUCACCACCACCGCCGUCACCACCACCGCCAUGGUCACAUCCCACUAAGCCAGUCCAGCUUAAAUGACAUCGAAUCUUCAAAAAUUCAAGAUAGCCCUGCUCCUACACCAAGUGGCCAAGAGAGUCCCUCCCAAGGAGGUUCGCCAGACAUCCAUUUCCAUCACCACCACCGCCAUCACCACCACCGCCAUGGUCACAUCCCACUAAGCCAAUCCAGCUUAAAUGACAUCGAAGCUUCCCAAAUUCAAGACAGUCCCUACCAAGGAGCCAGUCCAACUUCAAUGUCAUAG